CUUUAAACGGAAUAGGAAAGACGUGAUGCUUUAUCUGUUUUAUCUCCGUACGUUGUCACCACCUCGUUCGGUGUCUUUUCGAUAAAUCUUUCCCGUGCGAUUUAUGGCCCUGUAACGACAGCGAUAGCGAUACCAUAGGAAACCUAUGUUUACGUGUCACUUCAUGGCGGAUAACUGGCUGGCCGACGUGGAGAGAUGGAAGUGGAACUGGACCGAGUUAUGCGGACGUCGCGGGGACAUUAAUCCUCUGAAUCCCGAAACGCAUGACCUGGGCGUGUGUUUCCAGCAGCUCUGCCUUCAGAUACCAGUAUUAGCUCUCAUAGCUAUAAUUUCUGCGUACCACUGUGGAAAAAGGGAUACGUCCUCGUCUCGGCACCAGCGUGUCUAUUACGCUCUGAACAUAAGGAUCCUAAUUACAAUAUGCCUUGUGAUAUUACCCAUCAUAAGGGCGUACAUUAUUCUAACUAAUACCGUCAUACCUUUGGUGCACGACGAAGCGCAGGACCACAGCACACCAGUGCCAAGAAGACUGGACAUAUCCAGUCACAGAAACGCAAAUCCGUCGGAGAGUGAGACGGAUAUUAUAAGCAGGAUACGCGAUGGAUUGAAUCACACUCUUAGAUUCGCCGAGUCAAUUUUAUCACCAGGAGGCAGCGUCGAGGGCACCUCCACGACUCCUGUUGCGUUACACACCGAUUAUGAGCCGGAUAUUACCGACAAGUCCACUUCCGCUAAACCGGUGGAUUAUCUCGUAGCGGGUACCGAAGGUUUAGCAUGGGUUGUGCAUCUCUGUUUUAUCUUGAGCUUGAAACGCGGGCGCAAUCCUAACCCACGGGGGCCAGUAUCGAUAAGGGCGUUAAUAUUUCUUGUGACCGUCGUCUCCUCGCUAUUGUUACGUAGCCACGUCAAUAAUAAGCCCACAGACGAUGUUUUACCGAACUUAUCAUUGGGAUUCAGUAUCACCAUAGUCGUUCUUCUGAUACUGUACGCCUUAACAUUGAUACCCGGCCCUAGUGGGCCAGAACGGUCGAGAGCGUCAUUCCGAAAUGCUACAGCAGGAGAGCGCACUGCACUACUGAGCAAUUCCACUUCUUCGUACGUACAAUUUCCGGAGGAGCAGGACCCAAACUAUCUUGGAAUAGCUAUGGAGCAUUCAACUGUUAUCUCUAAACUUCUAUUCCAUUGGGUGACACCGUUAAUGGAAAAAGGCGUCAAGGGCCAGUUGAAUCAUUCUGAUGAUUUAUUUGAUUUACCCGACCAGAUCAGUACUAAUACAAUCAGUCACAAAAUUGACCAACGUUUACAUAACAUGGUAAACGAGAAGCCGAAAGCUGCGAACAACGGAAUCGAAAAUAACUCUGAAACACCGUUUCACACUGACGUAAAAGUCGUUACAAAGAAAGUGACGCUGUUCCAUCUGCUGCAUCAAUGUUUUGGUUGGGAAUUUUACGCGGUUGGAAUACUAAAGUUUGUCGCGGAUUGCAGCUCGUUUAUGGGACCAAUAUUACUAAAUAAACUGAUAGGUUUCAUUGAAGAUAAGAACGAGCCAAUCUCACAUGGAUAUCUCUAUGCGUCCCUUAUAAUAUUGAGUGCUGUAAUUGGUGCCUUUUGUGAUGCUCACUUUACGUUUUGUAUGUCUGUUGUGGGCAUGAAAUUUUGUUCUGCGAUUAUUACUUUAGUCUAUCGAAAAAUAUUGCAUUCCUCUAGUACUGAUUUAAAUCACAAGUUCAAUUUUGGUGAAAUCGUUAAUUUUAUGAGCACUGACACCGACAGAUUGAUGAAUAGCUGUCCUAGUUUUCAUACAUUUUGGAGUAUACCCUUACAGUUAUUCGUGACACUGUACCUUUUGCAUGGGCAAAUCGGAAGUUCGUUUUUAGCCGGCGUUGCGUUCUCAAUAAUACUUAUACCAAUUAAUAAGGUAAUAGCAAGUAAAAUUGGUAAGCUCAGCACUAAACUAAUGGAAUAUAAAGAUCAACGAGUGAGGCUGAUGGGCGAAAUAUUGCGUGGGAUAACUACAAUAAAAGUUAAUGUAUGGGAGGAGCACUUCCUACGAAAUAUCUUGAAAAUAAGAGAGGAUGAAAUAAAAUAUUUACGGGGUAGAAAGUAUUUGGAUGCACUUUGUGUUUAUUUUUGGGCAACUACACCUGUCUUUAUCGCAACAUUAACGUUUGGAACGUAUGUGUUGCUCGGGAAUGAAUUAGAUGCCAAAACAGUUUUUACCAGUAUGGCGUUGUUGAACAUGUUGAUAGGACCUUUGAAUGCAUUUCCAUGGGUUUUAAAUGGCCUUACAGAAGCGUGGGUAUCUCUCAAGAGAAUUCAAAGAUUGCUGGACCUAUCAGAUAUGGACGCGUCGUUAUAUUAUACAGAUAUUACUCCUGACGUUGAUUUAUUGCUACAAAAUGUAACAUUGACUGUAAACCGUCCAAGAAAUAACGAUACUAGUGCAAGUUCAAAAAUUGUGAGCACUCCAUCUUCAAGUACCGACAUUAAAAAAAGCGUUACCUUCGAAGAUGAUGAGGUUUUCGCCUUACACAAUAUUAAUUUAUCUAUACAAAAAGGACAGUUGAUUGGUAUUAUGGGCCAGGUUGGAUGCGGAAAAAGUUUGCUCUUAGAUGGUAUCUUGGCGGAAAUUACAAAAACUAGUGGAAUAAUAGCGGUUAACGAUGACCACAAAGGUUUUGGGUACGUUAAACAAAAUCCUUGGCUACAACGUGGUAAAAUCCGAGAUAAUAUUCUGUUCGGGAAACCAUAUGAUCACAACAAAUACAAGAACAUUUUAAAUGCUUGCGCACUCACGUCCGACUUGAAUUCAUUACCUAACAAGGACUUAACGGUCGUUGGCGAGGCCGGAAAUACUUUGAGCGGUGGCCAGAAGACAAGAAUUUCCUUGGCUCGCGCUAUAUACGCGGAUAAAGACAUUUAUUUGUUGGACGAUAUACUAGCGACAUUGGAUGUCAAAGUUGCCAGACACGUUUUCCAGCACGUAAUUCUGGGCUUGUUACGAAAUAAAACCAGAAUACUGUGCACGCAUCAGACUCAAUACUUGGUUCACGCAGAUUUAGUGAUCGAAAUGUCGAAAGGAAAAAUUAUUAAUCAUGGAAAACCGAGCGACGUAUUGCCCGAUCUGGAAGAUUAUCUCUUAUCGUCGGAUUCUAUUGAGGCCGACGUGGACAUUACCUCUAUAAAGGCGCUGCCAAGUGAAUUUAGUCGUUUAGAAGAAAAUGAAAUCGAUCCAUUACUCGAUAAGGAAGAGACCGAGAAAGGAAUCGUACAUUUCUCAGUGUACACGUCUUACGUCAAGGCCGUAGGACGAUACUUGGCGAUCUCGAUAUUUCUCUCUAUGAUUCUGAUGCAAAGCUCGAAAAACAUUACGGAUUUGUGGCUGUCGUAUUGGGUGACGCAUACUAACGCCACGGCGACUAAUUCAACCGACACGUCCAGCCUGGGGAAAUUACAACUCUAUUAUGAUAACUACGGUUACCACAAUACGAAGUAUUACUUAACAAUUUAUAGCCUGUUAGCUGUGUUCAAUUCUAUUUUCACCUUAAUUAGAGCUUUCAUCUUCGCGUACGGCGGGAUACAAGCAGCCGUAACGAUGCACAAGCAACUUUUGAAGAUAGUUAUGCGGGCACGAACAAUGUUCUUCGAUAUUCAACCAGUCGGUAGGAUCAUAAAUAGGUUCUCGUCCGAUACGUACACUAUCGACGACUCUUUGCCUUUUCUUACUAACAUUUUGCUGGCGAAUCUAUUUGGCCUGGUUGCAACCAUUAUAGUUACGGCUUACGGACUACCGUGGAUCUUCCUCAUAUUAGCGCCCCUUGUACCCGUCUAUCAUUGGAUACAAAAUCAUUACAGGUUAACAUCGAGGGAGGUGAAACGAUUAUUCAGUAUCUCGUUGUCUCCCUUGUUCGCUCAUUUCAAUGAAACUUUGAACGGCCUGAGUACUAUCAGAGCGUUUCGCACUGUACCUCGCUUCAAACAGGAAAACGAGUUGCUACUAGAAGCCUGUCAGAAGACGAAAUUCGCCUCUUUAGCCGCCAGUCAGUGGCUGGCACUGAGAUUACAAUUUAUCGGCGUCGCUCUUUUAGCCGGAGUUAGCCUCAUAGCAGUUUUGCAACAUCAAUAUGACAUAGCUGAUCCUGGUUUGAUCGGUCUAGCGAUCACGUAUGCGUUGUCUGUAACUGGAUUGUUGUCUGGGGUAGUCAACUCCUUUACUGAAACUGAGAGAGAAAUGAUCGCGGUGGAGCGAGUCAAACAGUAUUUAGAGAACGUGCCGACUGAGAAUGCAAUAGGCGAUAAUCCACCUUACGCGUGGCCUAGUCAGGGUGUCGUAGAAUUCAGAGAAGUCGUUUUGAAGUACAGAGAUUAUUUGAUGCCAUCGCUAAGGGAAGUAACGUUCGUCACGCGACCAGCGGAGAAAAUAGGCGUCGUUGGUCGAACUGGCGCUGGAAAAAGCUCAUUGCUAGCUUGUAUGUUCAGACUGACAGAAAUCACUUCCGGAAGUGUAUUAAUUGAUAACGUGAAUAUUCAAACGUUGUCCUUAAAAGCGUUGCGGUCUCGUUUAGCUAUUAUACCUCAAAACCCGUUUCUCUUCUCGGGCACCAUUCGAGAGAACGUGGAUCCGUUGGAUCAGUAUACGGACAUGCACAUAUACAAAGCCCUCGAAAAGUGCAAGGUACAUUCUUUAGUUUAUCGAUUGGGUGGGUUGGGCGCAAUCUUGGACGAAGGUGGCAGUAAUCUCAGCGCCGGCCAGAGACAAUUGUUCUGCUUAGUCAGGGCUGUGCUACAUAACGCUAAGAUUGUCUGCAUCGACGAGGCCACCGCAAAUGUGGAUCAGGAGACGGACAAGUUUAUUCAGGCGACAAUAAAGUCUUCCUUCCAAAGUGCGACGGUCAUUACCAUUGCCCAUAGAAUAAGAACGAUUAUGCACUGUGAUAGAGUCCUAGUGAUGGGAGAUGGUGAGGUGCUGGAAUUUGACGAGCCGAAUUUAUUGAUUCAGAAUGCCGAUUCCUACUUUUACCAGCUGGCCAACCAAGAAUUUGCAGAUCAAGAGUGAUUAAGCGUAUGAGGCAACUGGAUUGUGUGCAAUGAGUGCGUCCAGUAUUAUACGUGGUGAUUAAUGUACAUAUAAUGCAUUGAAUGCAGGAUAGACUGUUUCCAGAGAGAGAUAGUUUCCUACGAAUAUGACAAGAUUGUUUUCCUCUUAAUAAGCUAAGAAAAUUACAUUUAAGAAAGCGGACAUUUUUUAAAUGAGAUAUUUAAUACAAUUGUUACUUUAAAUUAAUCUUAAUGAGAUUUAACUAAUGUAAAUAUGAUGAGAUUGUUCAUCAACGUAAAUUAUUUUAUAUAUAAAUUAACGUCUAGUAAGUAAAAAAA